UCACGCACGACUACAUACCGCCACCUUGUUAGCCACUAAUAUCGCGACAAUCUUCAAUAAUGUCCUUGUCAGAUGAUACCUUGAGGAAGAUUUUGGUUCAGAUCCAGCAGACAGCUGUUCAAUCGCAAAGAGCAUUGAGUCUAUCCCAGCAACAAACUCAAGCAAAGGAACGAGACAGGCGGAAGAUCCAAUUGACGAUAAAGGAGCUUGAGACCAUCGAAGGCAAUGUGAAUUUGUACAAGGGCGUCGGGAAGAUGUUCAUGAUGGUCCCCCGCAAAGAAAUGGAAAACGAUCUGAAGGCACAAGAGAAAGAGCUGAAUGACGAUAUUAACAGCCUCAACAAAAAGUCAAAGUAUCUCGAAAAACAAUUCAAUGAUGCGCAGGCUCAGUUGCGCGACAUCUUCCAUCAUUCACCAAAUCAAUAGGAAUACAUUCCUGCCUUUCCACCUAUUUUCUAGCAGUGUAAUAUUAUAAUACGACAUUUCAUUCCCCUUCACUGAAAUUCCACUGAGAAUGCCAGAGCACAGUGGUUUUAUUGGUCGACGCUACAGAUCCUAUACAUCAUCUUCUAGGCCAUCCUCGAUCAUCUUCGCAUAAUCUUCAUAACUGGCGAAG